GGGCCCCGCGCGGCCUCGGGCUUCCCUGCUGACGCCGCUGCUCUUUCUUAGGCACCAUGCCUGCCCUCCGGCCUCUCGUGAAACGGAAGAUCGUCAAGAAGAGGACCAAGAAGUUCAUCCGCCAUCAGUCUGAUCGCUAUGUCAAGAUCAAGCGCAACUGGCGUAAGCCGAGAGGUAUCGAUAACAGAGUUCGCCGGCGGUUCAAGGGUCAGAUCCUGAUGCCCAACAUCGGCUAUGGCAGCAACAAGAAGACAAAGCACAUGCUGCCCACGGGGUUCAGAAAGUUCCUGGUCCACAACGUCAAAGAGCUGGAGGUGCUCAUGAUGAGCAACAAGUCGUACUGCGCGGAGAUUGCUCACAACGUGUCUUCCAAGAACCGGAAGGUAAUCGUGGAGAGAGCCGCUCAGCUCGCCAUCAAGAUCACCAACCCCAACGCCAGACUGCGCAGCGAGGAGAACGAAUAAACAGGCUCCUGUGUCUGCGAUGUAUUUAAUAAAGUGUAAAACCCCCUCGG